GGAAAACGUCGGAGAAACACGGCCGUUGUCCUCAAAGCGACUACGUUUCCCAGACUUCAUAGCCCUUCCCUAUCAACCAAUCAACGCGCUUGGACAGUGUCACCUGACUACCCAACCCAGUUCAUGUGUUUUACUGCUUCCACCGCCAGUCGGUGCUUUGCUGUUUGGACUGGAGUAACCUGGAGGAGACACUACAGCGUUGAAGACUAUCAGGUAAACCAUCUGUAUUAUUCACAAUCUGGAUCUUUAGUAGACAGGUUUGCGUGUAUUCUGCGCGUUUAAUCCGUUGUUCACGUCGCUUUGUACUCGCUCAUAACAGUCAAACUCAAGCUAAAUUAAUAUGUUUGCCUUUCUGCCUAAUUAUCAACAACUGCUCUGAUUUCAAAGACCAAAACAAAAUGUUGCAUGAAACGUAAUACAGAAUUCACCGUUAUUACUGGUGACGCAAAAGCUAUAAUUUUGAUCAGGGUUAUAAUUUUCUUGUUUGGACUGAAUACCUUUUAAAAAUAGCAUUUUUGUACAGGCAGUGUGAUGGUAGUACUAAAAGCUAGCAAGCUACGACUUUGACAGAACAGGAGUUCACCAUAGUUUCAGCUGUCACCAAGCUAAACAAGCACACUAUCUCAGAUCUCACCAUUUUAUACCUUUUACCGUGACUUUCUUACUCGUCACAGGAACGAAAACCUGAUUCAUCAUUCUUGAACUUCUAUUUACUGCAUUUCAACGUUCAAAGCUUUAUUAUGUUAAUGUUUAGUGGCUUAAAACCCCAGGUAUUGUGUGGUUAGGCUCAUAGUUCCCUCACCUGGGAAGGAGCUUAACAAUUUCUUCACUAUGUUGUAACUCUGCUCUGAAUUUCUCAUUCAGUCUCGUUAACAUUUCUCAAGCAACCAAGAGAGAGAUCCUAUUCAUGAACAACAUUCUCAGACAAUGAGGCAGUGUCAGUUUAUUUAAGACAUGUGAGAAACAACAUCAGCAGAAGGGAAAUUUUCUACAUGAGAGAGCAAUUGUUCAAGUUAGUAAAACUCUGUAUUUAAUGAAGGAGCCCAGAGAUGUACUAAAGGUUUUGCUGAUAAUAUAAUCUCUAAUUUAAAUGGCUCCUUAUGUAAAAGGGGAAGUAGUAAAUAAUGCUCAGGCUCAGAGAUUACAUUUGCCAAUUGAGUGAACCAGUGCAACUGCAACUUACAUGUUAAAAGUGUUAAAAAAUCAGAGCCAAAACUCACAGUGAAUGUAUUUAUGUAGUAAAAAUGCUAUCAUGAAAUAUAUGCUUGCUCACUGUAUCUUGGCAUUUAGAUUGUUAGAGUGUUGUUUGUGUUGUUUUUUUCCAUUGGAUAGCUGUUUUCAGUUUAUCCAAUUCCUAAUCCAUUGAAUGACUAACCUGUCUUUGAGAUGGUAUUUUUUAAGUUGAUUUGAUAGCUGUAUGUAGUUUUCUGUGUCUUUGGUAUGUCAUGUUCCAGGACCAAUAUCUGAUAAUAAUAAUAAUAAUUAUUAUUAUUAUUAUUAUAAUAAUGGUAAUAAUAAUAACAAUAAUAAUAAUGAUAAUAAUGGUAAUAAUAAUAAUAAUAACUUUAUUCGUAUAGCACUUUUUAAAAAACAGAAGUUUACAAAGUGCUUUGACAUGAAGUCAUAGAGCACAUGGAAAAAGACAGAUAGCAACAAAAAGCUCAGUUAAAACGGAAUUGAAGGCCAUUUUCAUGUCAUAAGGAACCCAACAUAAAGUGAGACCAUGAGGACCAAAAUAAAAACAUAAAAUAGUUAAGAAAAAAAGGAAAAUGCAAUUAAAAGGGAGGAUGAAAGCGGAAACAGGAUAGUAAAUAUAAAAGACAAUAUCAACAAUGAUAAUAAAAUAACGGGUAAUACUGAUAAUAUUUAGGAAUGAUAAAAUAGAGCAACAGAAAUGAGCAAGAGAUAAAACAAUAAAAGGCCUAAAAGGUUAAUUAAGAAAAGAGUAGAAGUAUAACAAAAGCUAAAAAGACAGUAAAGCCGAAAUAAGAUGGAGGUAAAAGAGAUGAAAGAUGACCUGUAUGUUGUUGAAAGAAAAAGUUAGCAUGUUAUUCAUCGAAAGAUCAAUUUUUUGUAAGUUGUGUUUCAAAAAUGUAAGGUGUAACCACCCCUAGUGUUCUACUCUGGCCUAAUAUUUUAUAACAUCAACCUGCUGCUGAGUUUGACUUGUUUUCUGCUUUCACCUCUUCCAGUUCUACCUGCCCACAUCCAGCAACUCCUCAGCCAAAGUGACGAUUCUGAUUCCCUGUGAUAUCAGCCAGUAACAUGUCCAUGUUCAGCACAGGUAUCCUUGUGCUGACAUCUCCUCUCCACGUCCUGCCCUUACGCAUCGCCCCAGUCCUGAGCUCAGCUGCCGAGCGUGUGGAACGCACUCUCUAUGUCCACCUCCACCCUGGGUUAAACCUAGGGAGUGGGACUCAGCCUCGUCCAGUUUUCAUUCCACCCGUAGUGGACCUGUCAACUCUAAUUUCACGACUUUACAGCAAUGCAGCUGAUAUUUGUGGCCAUCUGGAUGUUCGUGUUUUGCUGACCAAUGUCCGCAACCAGCCAGCUUCCUGCAGUGGGACUGCAACGCCAAACUCUCCCUUUCCUACACCACAGUCUCUGUCUCAUUCACCAGAGGUAGUGCUAACAGACUUUCCUCUGCAGGACCCGGUACAGUCCCAUCAGGUCACGCAAUGUCUGCAAAAGUACACAGGCCACUGCUAUGUGUGCAGCCCCGGCCUGCGCUCAGUGCUGCUUCACCCACAAAUAAAGAAGCUGCAAGAAGAUGAGGAAGGGGUGAAAGAGCUUGAGGAGAAGGCAGAACCGUUGGCGACAUACAAUGAUGUGGUGGUAGGGGGAACGUUUGACCGCCUCCAUGGGGCCCACAAGACACUACUCAACAUUUCAUGCCUGCUAGCGAACAGACGGUUUCUUAUCGGUGUGUGUGACCAAGCAAUGCUAAAAAGUGAGUAUUUUAUAAUCACUGUAUAGAGAGAUGGUCAUGAUAGCUGACCGGCUCCAGUUAAGCCAUAAGCUCCACCCCCUCCAUGUUAACAGAUGGGGCAUGGGUCAGUUUGAAACUAAGAUACCCAUCAAGUAUUUUCUUCGAACAUGAUUUCUAUCACUUAAAUCAGUUAUUAUAUCACUUAUUGAUGUCCAUGUAUUCAUGUUAUGGGUUGCACAUCUUUGUAUUUAAUCAUUGCAAUGUUUUAUUUAGAAAUUUGCAUCAUGUAAGAUCUCUGAGGCCGAAUCUUCUUUUAUUUUCUAACUCCUCCAUUCAUUUAGAAAAAGUGUUAAAAGAGCUGGUCCAGCCUUACUCCCUGCGGGUGGAGAAACUACAUGAGUUCCUGAAGGACAUCAGACCCUCCCUGCAGGUGGAGAUCAUCCCCCUUGAUGAUCCCUAUGGGGUGUCCGUGGUAGACCCCUGGCUGCAAUGCAUUGUGGUUAGCGAGGAGACUAGAAAAGGGGGAGAAGCUGUCAACAGGAAACGCAUCGAGAAUGUAAGUUCCUGUACAGUGAUAACACAUGCAACUCAGUUCUUUUUCUGACACAUUAAACAUUACAGAACUGGACAGCCGAAGAACUUAGGUUAAUUUGUUUGAUGAUAUUAAUCUCGAUCUUUUUAUGCUAGCAUCAGUGUAGUAGAUGAGGGAAUUUUUAUCUUUUAUUGUGUAUUUUGAUACCUCAACAUUUUAUUUUCUCCUUUUUGUUUUUAAAUCAGGGCCUUCCUGCUCUUGUCCUCCAUGAGAUCCAGCUGCUUAAAGAUGCACACCACACUGAGACGGAGGAGGAGAAGAUCAGCUCCUCAAGUCUACGUUCUCGUCUUCUGGGCACCCUCCUUACUCCGCCUAAAGUAAGACAGUUUUAAAGGAUUUCAAUGCAGGACAAAGGACAUUUACUUUGGUGUUAUCAGACCUCGUUUUUUCACUAUCUUGGGCUUUUUAAAAGGGUCUGGUUCCUGUUAGGGUUUUUUUUAUCAUUACUUAUCUCAAGGUUCACAAAAAACUUCAUAACUUUGUGACUUUUACUCAACAGGUCCUUUUGAAAGUGUGUGCCAAAAAAACAGCAAGAACAAUUCAGUACACGUCUAUAGCUUUUAAAAGCUACAGUCACGACUGAGUUCAUCCGUGUCAAAUGGAAUUAAUUUUGUAAGGAUAAAGAAGCUCUGUACAACCUCCAGUCACAAAAAGUAAUCAUCAAAUUUGCUAAAAAGUCUAUUCAAUUUUUUAUUCAUUCAAAAUAUUAUCAAAUCAUUUUUUAUUCAUUCAAUUUGGCUGAGUCAUUCGUGGCAGCUUUUGAAUUUGAGAGAAAGACUGUUUUCAUCCUGAAAAGUCAGCUGAGCAUUUGAUAAGCAAGGGUCAAACUAUAAUGUGUAACUGUUCUCAUAGGAACCGGCCUGUUUAGGUAAAAAGUAACAGCGUUUUUUUCAGCAAGUCACAAAGUACAAUGUCUGGUGUUGAGAAUGUGAGUGUUGCUUGAACAAUUAACUCACUUUGUGUGUUCCUGUUGACAUGAUCAUUAUAACUAUUAUUUUAGACACAGUGAGCUCUCUGGCAGCGAAAGUGGAGAGAAAAAAUGAGCAAGUCUGACUGGUUUAUGAUGCUGUUUUAUCACCUGAGGUUGCAUGUAAAAGGUUAAACUUAACCCGUUCAUUUGUGAUGUUGACAGCUUGCAGAUUUUUACUCACCAACUCCUGCACCCUUUCACCUAUUUUUCUCACACUAGGACACAUGCCAUCUUCCGCCCCUUCCAUAUGUUAUCGGUCUGACGGGGGGAAGCGGCAGUGGGAAGAGCUCAAUUGCCAAGAGGCUGGAGGCAUUGAAUGCCGUCCGGGUAGACUGCGACAAGCUGGGCCAUGAGGUCUACCAGCCUGGGACUGCGGCUUAUCACAAGGUGCUGGAAGAGUUCGGGUCAGGUGAGGAGGAAACACUUUUCUGUCUGCUCUGACAGAUGUCUGUCAGCCCUGCCUUGUGAUUUAACACAUGAAAUGAAAGAUCAAAUGAAGGAUGAUGACCUUUUAUGUUUUUAGUUUUUAAACACAUGAGUGAUUGAAAGGUUAGAACAUGAUGACUCUAAUAUGAUUCAAUGAAAGUUGACAGGAUGUCUUCUGGCUUUUGGCACAGUGACAGAUAAACAGAGUGCCAAUAGUUGGAGGUUAAAAUUACACAUUCAAAAGGCCAUGUGUGUCCAACUCCUCUGAAAACAUAUGAUGGCUGAGUUGUAGCGAUUUGUAAAACCCUUUGUAUGUAUUUUCUUCUACAGUAUUUACAUACAUUUCAAGGUUAAAAAUGGUCAAUUUUCCAACUUCUGUAUCGUUGAAAAAAUACAGUCAAGACUAUUUUCAUUGAAUGUCUAAAAAGAGUUGACACAGCUGGGCGAGGAAGCUGAUUCUUGACACAGCAUGUGUUUGUUAUUUCUUGGUCGCAGAGGGUUGCGAUGAGAACCAGGUCAUUGUCAGAGACGCAUCUUUGAUCACAGACUCUGGCAGGCGAACUUUAAUCAUAUCAGUUCACAGUGAGAAUUCUGCUUUAUUUAACGACAAAGAAAUUACCAAAACUCUAAUGGUGUAAGAGACUCAAGGCAAAAAACUCAGUCAGGUGCAGCAGUGAUUCACUGUUAGUGGAAACAGCCAGGUAAAUGUGAGUAAAAAUAGCUUAGAGAUCUUAGGGUUUAACAGCUCUAUGCUGCUCACACUUUAAGUUUAACUGACCAUUUUCAGUGGGAGGAAUAUCCCAUCAUGAAAACAGAUUCACCAUAGAGACAUUUAGUGAAAUUCUUACAAAAGAGUACUGAAAAAUAAUAACCAGGGCCCAUCAGUUCAAUUCUGAUCAUGAGCAACAAAUAUGACUUGUAUAAUAUCCAAUGCAUUGCAUUGUAAAUAAUGAUAUGGUGUUUCUUUUAUUCGCUUUUAGAUCUACUUAACGAAGAUAAAACUAUCAACAGACGUGCAUUAGGAAGGAAGGUUUUUGGAAACCCGGUAAUGUAACAAGUAGCUUUAAAAUGUUUCAGCACUUUCAAAUUGCAACAUGACUUUUUAGAUGACACCACUGUGAGCUGGCAAUUCACCAAAGACAUUGUUUUUUAUUUAGGAGCGGUUAAAAGCCCUUACAGAUAUUGUGUGGCCUGAAAUCGCACUGUUGGCGAAAGAGAGAAUCAGCCAAGCAAGAGAGGAAGGUUUGUGUGAAGGUUUAUUUUGUCAAUGUAUUUUAUAGUUCAUGGACUACAGCAAGACUGUUUCCUUUGUGUUUGAUGAGAUUCAUCAAGUGAUUAAAUGAUGUUGUGUGAAUUUUUUAGGUAAACAGGUUUGUGUUUUGGAUGCUGCAGUCCUCCUAGAGGCUGGGUGGACAGACAUGGUCCAUGAGAUCUGGGUCACAGUCAUCCCCGAGGAGGAGGUUUGUACCAGCAAUCCUUAAUUUGAUGAACAGGGAGUCAUUCAAGCUUGAGUGACUGAGCAAAAUCAAGCAGUUAAAUGACCUCAAUAUCCUGUUAUGUAAUAUAGAGAGUUCUAUGUGAACUAGGUGGACAAUCAGUCUUUGGAUUUGGCAAAGGAGAGAGACAGCAUUCUUCUGUUGAGGCCAGUGAAUCGAAAAAGGAUGGGAAGAGAAGUGGACAUUUUUAAAGAUUUAGUGUUUUCAUGGAGCUAUUCAUCCCUGCAACCACUGGAGGGUGCCAAAGUUUGGUAUUUUGGAUAUUCUACACCCACUGGCCUUAUCAGUGGAUGAAAAAGUGGCACAAAAAGUGGAGAUAGCAUCAGUGUUUAAAAAGAGAGAGAAAUAUAUGAAGUGUCUUGAUACUGCAGUCUGCCAAAUGGUCAGCAGGGGGCAGCUGAACUAAUUGCAAGAAGAAGUUGGGGGUCUAUGAAAAAAGGGUGACAUGGCCUUACUUCUCACCUGACAUACAUCUUUUAUAGAUUUUUCUUAUUGAAAGAGCCACAAUGACAAACUCAAUCCUUAAAAGUGACUUUACAAAACCGUGGUUGAGCGCAACUACUCUGAAUAUUAACCUCUUUAAUGUAGUCUUUAGUUUUAAUAAAUAAACAACAACAACCUUGUGCCUUCACUCUCUCUCUGUCUCUUUCUUUCUCUGUCUCUCAGGCAGUCUUGAGGAUAAAAGAGCGAGAUGGUAUUAGCACAGAGGAUGCCCUGCGCAGGCUGCAGAGCCAAUGGUCCAAUGAAAGGCUGGUCGAGCACGCCAAUGUAGUUCUCAGCACGCUGUGGGAGCCAGAGGUCACUCAGAGACAGGUCAGACACUCAACAUGUCAACUGAUUUGGGUUUAUAGAUUGUACUUUUUGGUAACUUUGUUGUCGUCUAUCAUUUAAAGGUACUAAAAGCUUGGAGUCUUCUUCAGAAAAGAAUCCAGCAGAGACAGGAGGGCCAGUAGAAACAUGUCUGUGUCUACACAUCAUGGCAGCUGUGACUGAGUUGCUCAGAACAAACGGGUGUCAGGUUCAGUGACACUGAUCCACAUGAGGAAAUGCUGCCUUCGAAAGAAGUGUGAAUGGUUUUUGUGCCAUUGCAGCACACCUAACACGCUCCUUCACUUCUUUGCCUGAGAUUCAGUGCCUGGUAGAAUAUCUGUGUUUUUAAAAACUCUAGUUUUAUUCUAAGAUGUUAUAUUGAAAGGUGUAUGAAUAAGGAAAAGGGGAAUUUCUUGAAUUAUCCCACUAAAUACUUUGGGAAUGCAGAAAAUGAAAUGUUUGGGAUUAACCAGGUGUACUAUUACUCCAAGAGCUGUAGGUCAGUUGUCGUCCAAAGAUAUGUUUUAUGAAUAGAAAGACUUUAAAUCGAUACUAUAUGAUAUUGGACAAUAUGUUAGCUGACAACACUUCCAUGUCUUUUAAGAAUAAUGUAAAUGAAUGUAGCUUACUAAAGCAACUAUGGGAAAGGGAAAGGUGAGAUGCCAUACUUAAAGAUUGUAUGAUUGUUGUUGGUGAAUCAUGGUUAUGCGUCUUUAUUUUGAGGGAAUAGAGCCUAUAUACCAUUUAAGUAUUAUAUAAUGAUUUAUGAUUUACCAAGCAAAGUUUGGUAGAAAUAUCUGCCAUAGAUUAGAAUAUUUUGUAAUGUCACUAAAAGAGAUUGACAGAACAUCGAGUAAUAAAGAAAAGACAAUAAAUAUGCUUUUAUAUCUUCAACUGGUUUGUCUAUCUGUGGGAAAAUAUCUCAAUUUGUGGAAUCAACAUCCUACAGGAAAGCUUUUA